AUGCAUGCUAAGGUGUCCGAGUCUUUGAGAGCUGUCGGAGUUAACCAAUCGAAUACUUUACUCACAGCUUCUCAUCACUACCUGCUGCAGAAUCCCAAACUCUCAGCAUCAAAUAAGGCUCUUGUUCUGGAAGCUAUCAACAAUGUAGUAUCGGAUAUGAAAAUUGUCAACGAACUGGAUGAACAAAUAGUUCAUUUGAUGAUAAAUCUUGCCACGCGGGAAAUGACAAUGACCAGCAAGGAUGUCGAUACAGAUUGGGCUGAAGCCGGGAAGGAUGUUCCCGUGACCUUGGCAAAAACUCCUCGGUUUGUAACUCAUGUCUUAGACGCGCUACUGCAGAAGUUCCCUCCUGGGUUUACCACAAGUCCACACCGGUAUGUGGUAUUGACUUUGGCCACUAUAGCGGAACACAAUCUUGACUCUUGCAUUGUAUUGCCGAUCAGCGCCAAUUCGAUUUUCUUUCGUCCUCUCGAUGAAAAACGAGUUGACACGGUGUUAUUUAUGCAUCCUAGUAGGUUCCUAGUCUCGUCUAUUCAGGAGACGGAAUCUUUGAUAGGAAAUUGA